CGCGAGUUCAUUGAACACACGUUCAAAUCAUUCGGUUUCUGAACGCAAAACCCGCGUUCAAUGAACUCGUGGUUUCAUAGUGAUUGUCAUGGAGUCGGUGUUAGAUGGUCUGUCCGACGUAUCGACUUUCUUAUGUCCCACUUUGGCGAUUGUGGCACCGCCAACGACCGGUCGAGUGGAUGACACGGAUGGAGUGUCUAGAGGAUUCGACGAGUUCGCCGGCGACACGAUACUGCAUCCCACAGUCUUCGCCACUCUCGCCAUUUUUCAUGUGGGAGCACCGCAUGCGGUGGACCAGGGUUUGGCGGAGCAGGUGGCACGGAACCGCCAUGGCGGCCCACGCAUUGUGGCGCAACGUAGUCUAAGGGAUUCAUUCGAGAGAGUGGAUGUAGAGUAUGUGGCGCAGGACGGUCACCGUGCGAGGGAUUUCGUAGGCGACGGAGACCACGAGCAUAGAGCGUCAUCGGACGCACAGCGUGGCGCUGACGGGCCCAUCUCACGAGCUGUCGGAGGCUGGCACACAGGUGACGCUCGACCGCAUCUCAUGGCGAUGCGUUCAGCACCCCCGCACCCCCAUGGCGUCGACCCGUUCGGCCCUGCCGCGCAGGGCUUGCCCGCGAGCACCGCAUUGCCGACGGUGUCGUUCUAUGACGGCGUGACUAGGGACCGGAGGGCGGGCGACGAGGUGCAUGCAUUGCCGACGGUGUCGUUCUAUGUCCCUGCGGGGACGCGAUCAAUAGGCCUCGACUAUGGUGGUUGUCACGACUCCAUGAGAGCAUACGAGGAGCGACACGGUAGGCCUACGAGGGCCAAGACAUCGAAUGUCCACGGCACCAGGACGGCAAUUGUGAGGUUAUCUCAGGCGAGGAAGAAGGGGACAAGUACAUCGAUUCCAUAUCACCGUCGCCUUCAUCUACCUUCUUUUCAUGCUAGAGAUCCGACCAGGAUGACAACUGUCGGGGCAGUGGCGGACGGAGGGACAGGCGUCGGAGGCUCGACAACCAUUUUGCAUAGAUCGGAGCGUGGGCAUGACGCACUUCACGGUGGUGCAUCUGGAGCAGCCUUCAAACGUGAUGUCGUCGACUGUUCAGGGCGCGUCGAGAAGAGACGAGACGAUGUGGUCAUCUACCAUGACGACAGUUCCACAGCUGAGGAGGCUGGCAAGACCACAGGCGCUGACGAUCUAGGUGAUUCCAAUUAUGUGCCCAGAGGUCGGGCGGCGGAUGGAAAUGAUGACAUAGGUCGACGCGUCAGGCAGAGGAUAGGACUGGGGCCGCAUAGCCAGGGCACGCCACGGCCUCUAUACCGCCUAUUGAUCAACAUGCGCAAGCUCAGUCUUUGAUGGCCAAACUGUAUCAUUACCGGUCUGAGGUCUGAUAGCUCUCAUGGUACAGUAGGAUAAAUUGUUUGUACAGUG